CGCCGCCGCUGGAAAAGGGUCCAGCGACACCGACCUUCCGGCUGAGGGCGGAGGGAUUUUUAGCUAAGGACUUUUUUUUGACGCGCCUCUGCGCCCUCAAAGGGCCGGUCAGACCCUCUGUGCGGCUCCCUCAAGCUCCCGGGACGUCGUUGACGUGGCCGCCUGGCGUUGAUGGUAGAGCGAGCGCCGAUGGCCAAGAUCUGCCUUAAUGUUCGAACGGAUGGUGAAGGAUAGAAAGCAGGGUGGUUGGCAGCACUGCACUAUUCUUCCGCAUGCAACUGCGGUGGAAAGCUCUUGGAACACCUUCAAGCUGAAUAGAUGUCAAAGAGGAACAUAAUGGAAUCGAGCCCGUGCUGCACGGCGGCGGGCCUCCGUUCUUCGGGUACGGGCUGGGCGCGGGCGCCGGCGGCGGCAUCGCCAAGCCCAUCCCGCGGCCCGCCAUCUUCAACCCGCACCUGCACACGCUGCUGGCAUGCCGCCAUCCCUACCUCACAGUGUCGGCGCCGGCGGCGGGCGGCGCGGGCGGCGCGGGACCGGGCGGCGCGCAGGCCGGCGCGCCCACCGCCGUCUUCCCGCUGCCGGGCUCCUUCCCGUGGGCCAACAGCUCGCGCGGCAAGCCCCGGCGCGGCAUGAUGCGGCGCGCCGUCUUCUCCGACCUGCAGCGCAAGGGGCUGGAGAAGCGCUUCCAGAUCCAGAAGUACAUCUCCAAGCCCGACCGCAAGAAGCUCGCCGAGAAGCUCGGCCUCAAGGACUCGCAGGUGAAGAUCUGGUUCCAGAACCGGCGCAUGAAGUGGCGCAACUCGAAGGAGCGCGAGCUGCUGGCGAGCGGCGGCUCCCGCGAGCAGACGCUGCCCAACAAGAACAACCCGCACCCGGACCUCAGCGACGCGGAGGCCGACCGCCCCAAGAUGGACCUGUCGGAGCUGUCGCCACUGGGCUCCCCGGAGCCCGCGUCGGCGGGCAACGCCUCCGCCGCCGCCGCCGCCGCCACCGCCGCCGGCGGCUCCGCCCCCGACGACCCCGCGCGGCCGGCGUCUGCGGCGGCGCGCGCCACGCCCCCCGACGCGGCGGCGGCGGCGGCGGCGGCCGACGACUCCGCGCCCGACGACGACGAAGACGACGACGAGGAGAUCAACGUCAC